AGGAGUAAGUGAAAGUAUUACUUUGCCUCCAAACAAGGGGACGUUUUUGUAGGAGCCGUCCACGGCCUCUAGGUGUCACGGUAGGGCUUACCGACCAGGCGGCUGGCGGGGGGUGUUUGUCUCCCUCUAUCGUUAUCCAAAAUGCACUAAAUCCGUCUAUAAACUGUAACCACCCGCUUUGGUCAGGUAUUUUGGGUCAUUUUAGCCGAUAUAAAGGUGUAAUUGUACCGGGAUGGCUGCAAAUAAGCGGUGUUUCCUUUUUAAGUUUGUUCAGGCCUGACGUCCAUCUUAUCGUGCCCUUUGUUUCCUGUUUUCAGACGACCUCGCGCUUCCCCACUUAACCAACUAAUAUGGGACAGUUUUAAGUAGUUUUUAGUGUCAAAACAGUAAUUUAUUCUUUAGACCAUGGCUCCUUCUAACAGUGACACAUUGAAUGUGGAGAAUUGAUGUGUAGAAACUGGCGACCCAGAGACUAGGAAGCAUUGACCGAUCGACUAUUUGAUAGGCAAACAGACAAACCUCAUCAAUGCCUAAUCAUCACAUGAAGACACGAACUAACUUCAAACUAACGCCUGCUUCGGUGUUACUGUCGUGAAACCAUCCGAGAGGAGCCAAUACUGUUUAGAACUCAGCCCGAACUCCACUUCCCGUGGCUCGGGUCAGAGACACUGCCUUUGUCAGAGGUGUGUUUUGUAGACAAAACCAGAAGUCAUGUUGUCCUCCAUUAUACUCGACACAGCUUUGCGCCAAGUUGUUGCUCUCUGUGGCCGAAGACGUGGUGACUAUAGUUCAGUGAUAUUCGAAUCGACUUGGAGAGGGAGGUGUUAGCCCAUUACCAUGGAGGGCGAGGUGGUUUCCAUGGAGACGGCUCAGGCUGCUGCCCUGGCCUCUGAGGGAAAGGUCCUACCAGAGGGUGGAGAGGCCUUGAUACAAGGAGCACAGGGUGAAGUGGCUGGUAACAUGGAAAUGAUGGUGAUGGAUGCUCUCGAUCCAACUUUGCUGCAAAUGAAGACGGAGGUGCUGGAGGGAGGUGGAACAGUGACAGUCACGGGUGGAGAUGAGGGUCAGAUCAUCACGCUUCAGGUUGUGAACAUGGAGGAGCAGGCGGGGGCUGCUUUGGGUCUUGGUCAGCUUCAGCUGGUGCAGGUACCAGUCACGACAGCAACCGUAGAAGGACUCCAGGCCACCUAUGUUGAGGCAUCAGCGACUAACAAGGAUGCAGAACCGGUCAUCUGUCACACCCUUCCUCUGCCUGAAGGUUUUCAGGUUGUCAAAGUGGGUGCCAAUGGUGAAGUGGAGACUGUGGAGCAGGACGAGCUCCAGGCUGCUCACGACGAGCUUCAGGCUACAAGAGGGGAGGGUGGGGAAGAGGAGGAUGAAGAGGCAGUAGAAGCUGAACCCACUGAGCCUCAGCAAGAUGACCCAGAAUGGACCAAAGACCCAGACUACCAGCCAAUCACAGCUGUCCGCAGAGGGAAGAAGGGAAAGAAGAGCCGCCUGCGGUACGCCGAGGGUGACCGAGACAUGGAUGUUUCUGUGUAUGACUUUGAGGAGGAGCAGCAGGAGGGACUGCUGUCGGAAGUUAAUGCUGAGAAGGUUGUUGGCAACAUGAAACCCCCAAAACCCACCAAGAUCAAGAAAAAAGGUGUCAAGAAGACUUUCCAGUGUGAGCUGUGUAGCUACACCUGCCCGAGGCGCUCUAACCUGGACCGACACAUGAAGAGUCACACGGACGAAAGGCCACACAAAUGCCAUUUGUGUGGAAGAGCCUUCAGAACAGUCACACUGCUGAGAAAUCACCUCAAUACACACACAGGCACGCGGCCACAUAAGUGCACUGAUUGUGACAUGGCAUUUGUGACCAGUGGCGAGUUAGUGCGUCACCGGCGCUACAAACACACACAUGAGAAGCCUUUCAAAUGUUCCAUGUGUGAUUAUUCCAGCGUGGAGGUGAGCAAAUUGAAACGGCACAUCCGCUCUCAUACAGGGGAGCGGCCCUUCCAGUGCAGCCUGUGUAGCUACGCCAGCAGAGACACUUACAAACUGAAGAGACACAUGAGAACGCAUUCAGGCGAGAAGCCGUACGAGUGCUACAUCUGCCAUGCUCGUUUCACACAGAGUGGCACCAUGAAGAUGCACAUUCUGCAGAAACACACAGAGAACGUGGCAAAGUUCCACUGCCCACACUGUGAUACUGUGAUUGCUCGCAAGAGUGACCUUGGUGUUCACUUGCGAAAGCAGCACUCAUUUAUUGAGAAGGGGAAGAAAUGCCGCUACUGUGAUGCUGUGUUUCAUGAGCGUUAUGCUCUCAUCCAACAUCAGAAGACCCACAAAAAUGAGAAGCGUUUCAAGUGUGACCAGUGUGAUUACUGCUGCCGACAGGAGCGCCACAUGAUAAUGCACAAGCGAACACACACAGGAGAGAAGCCGUUUGCCUGCAGCCAGUGCGAUAAGACCUUCCGACAGAAGCAGCUUCUGGACAUGCACUUCAAGCGCUACCAUGACCCCAACUUUGUCCCCACUGCCUUCGUCUGCAGCAAAUGUAGCAAGACCUUCACACGCAGGAACACCAUGCUGCGUCAUGCCGAGAACUGCAGUGGAGAAGUUGUUGGAGAUGAAAACGGAACUCCCACCCCCAAAAAGGGCCGGCGUGGCAGGAAGAGGAAGAUGCAAACAAGGAGGGAUUACGAUGAUGAUGAAGAAGACACAGAGUGUGAGCUAGAUGAACUAGAGGAGGAUGAAGAUCUGCUGGAUGAGAUUGAAAUGGAACAGGCGGCUCCAGUUGUGCCUAUCCCAGCCCCAGUGGAGCCCCCAGUCAAGAGGAAACGAGGGCGCCCCCCCAAGAAUAAACCUGAUGCGGCGGCCAUCAUUCGAGUGGAGGACGAGAACACUGGAGAGGUAGAUGACAUCAUCGUUAAGAAGGAGGUUGGAGCCGAGCAAGAUGAAGGCAUCGAGGAUGCUGCGGAGGAUGUGGUGGUUGGCGGGGCAAAGUCAACCAUUCAGGUGGAGUUGUCCCAGGAAGAAGGCGGAGCACAGGAUGUGCAGCUGUCUGAGGCCCCCCCCAACGGAGACCUGACCCCUGAGAUGAUCCUCAGUAUGAUGGACCGAUGAUGGGCAUAAGGGUGGAGCCUGUAACAACACCCAGACCCUGAUUCAAUCUUAAUUCUUGGCAUUUAGGAUAACAAACAUUUGCAUCCUGCACAGAAACAAACAUCACUGUUGUAAUUUAAAAAUUUGCUUUCUAAUCAUGCAUUGAAAAAGACUUGGAUAAGUGGGGGAUUUUUUUUAACGAGGAUUUAUUGAACCAAAAAAAACAUUUCAGUACAUUUUUAAGUUUGGAGUGGCUGUCAUUUUUAGCAGUAUCUUCUUUCUGUUGCUACUUUUUUUAUGUUUUCAGGCUGAGAAGUGUGUCACCAAAAGGAACCGUUAAAUCUGGUGACAUUUCUAAUCAGGCCUGGCUUUGUACGGCUUACUUGUCGAAUACCUGUGGUGGUGGGUUGAAGUUGGAUUCCGUCAUUUGUAGGUUUUUGACUUCACUUGUAUUGUAGAAAUUUUCUUUGUCAUCUAGCACCCACCUCCCCCCAGUUCUGCUGGCUGAUUAGAUAUCUGUACCUGUCUUGUCAGAAAACUGACUAGUAUGUGCUAAAGAUGAAAUAAGCUUAAGAGGUUGGACAAGUACAGUUAAACUGAAAACUGUACAAAUGGAGCGACUUGCAGAAAGAGGAUACUGCAGCUAAGAACAGCCCUUUUUAAGAUUUUUUUUUU